AUGAGUACUAAUACAGAAAGUGGAGCUUACAUGAUUGGGACUGAUGUUAACAGUACAAGAAAGAAUUGCUAUGAGGAUGGUUCAGAUGGAUCAACCUUCAACUAUGGAAGUAACACAAAUGUUCCUGUGAAAAAUCAUAUAAGUAACAUAGGUGAUUGUUCAAAUCAACUGCAGGGGUGUAGUUUCACCAAAGAUCAGUAUGAUCAAAUUCUGCACAUGUUAAAGCAGAAUCAAGGAUGGGGACAAAAAUCAGAGGAUACAAAUACAGUACAUGAUCUUCAGGCUAAUACUGUAAGUAAAACUUUGUUAGUUUCUGAAAAUAAUAAGGUCUGGAUUAUAGAUACAGGGGCAUCUAAUCAUAUGGAUAUAGAUACAGGGGAAUCUAAUCAUAUGGAUAUGCUUACAAAACAUUCUGUUGUUAAGGUUAAGGAUCCAAAACCAGUUUAUCUACCUACUGGUGAAGUGUCUUAUGUGUCUAAUACUGGAGUGUGUCACAUAUCUCCAAGGAGUGUGAUUACUAAUGUCUAUCAUAUUCCAGAGUUCAAGAUCUUUACACUGGAUCACUCACUUGUUGCAUCUGAAAAGAAGUUAGAAGUUCAACAAUUGUCAGAAAAAGAAGUGGAUGUAUGGCACAGGAGGUUAGGACACGGAGCAUCACAUGUGUUAAGUAAAGUAUUUCCUGUUAAUUCAGAAAUAAUAAAAAAAGUGUUGAAUGAAUGUACUAAUUGUCCUAGUGCAAAACAGACCAGAACUGUGUUUCCUAUUAGUUGCAUUAAAAGUAGUCAAGUUUUUGAUUUGAUUCAUUUGGAUUUAUGGGGACCAUACAAACAGCCUACAUUUGAUGAAAGAGGGAUAGUACAUCAAAGAUCCUGUCCUUAUACACCUCAGCAGAAUGGGGUGGCUGAAAGAAAGCAUAGACACCUCUUGGAAGUAACUAGGGCUCUAAGGUUCCAGGGGCAUAUUCCUUUAAAAUAUUGGGGUCAGUAUGUGCUUGCAACUGUCUACCUGAUAAAUAGGAUGCCUAGCAGAGUUCUGGGAGGUAAAUCUCCAUAUGAGAAAAUGUAUGGAAGCAAGCCAAUGUUGUCUCAUCUUAGAGUAUUAGGUUGCUUAUGUUAUGUUAAGGUUCUAACUGAGAGUGAUAAGUUAGCAUCAAGGACAAAGGCAGCAGUACAUAUGGGAUAUUCAGAAACUCAGAAGGGUUAUAUUUUGUUAGAUUUGACAUCAAGUAAUUUCUUUGUGAGUAGAGAUCUGGUAUUCAAAGAGACAGUGUUCCCUUUCAUGUCUGCCUUAGGUAAAAGAGAAGAGGGUACAUUUGUGAGUAGUAUGGAUGAAGAGCAAUGUAGUCAGGAGUUGAACAGAAACUUGGAUGGCAACAUUGAGCAAGAAACAGUGAAAGAAACAGUUCAAGAUAAUGAGUCUGUUUCUACUGACUCUCAAACAGUGGUGAAUAGAAGGUCUACACGAGGAGUACAUCCACCAGUUUGGAUGAAAGAUUUUGUGUCACUAAAUAUGGGCAAACAGGUGAAGUAUCCUAUAGCUGACAGUGUUGCAUACAAUCACUUGUCUAAAUCUUACCAGGAGUUUGUUGCUGCAACUUCUAUUCUAACUGAACCUACAUCCUUUGCUGAAGCCAGCAAAGAUCCUAAGUGGAUUAAAGCAAUGCAAGCUGAAAUACAGGCUUUACAAGAUAACAAAACUUGGAAACUGGUUGAUUUGCCAAAAGGGAAGUCUGCUAUUGGAUACAGAUGGAUUUAUAAGAUUAAAACAAGUCUAAUGGAGAAGUAG